AUGAAGCUUAAGGGACUUGGAGCAGGGCUGAUAUCUGUUUGGCUAUCUGGUUUUCUCCUAAUCGCUCUCUCCUUCUACGGCACCCUCCUUCUCUCUCCUUCUCUCCAUAACCCUUCCUUCUCCCAAGUGUCUUCCGUUGCUCCCAGGAUCACCAUUUUCACAGCUCUCCAUGGCUACUCCUCAUUUGAUAGCCAAGCUAUUCGCUCAUGGCUCUCUUUAUCUUCCCAAGCCACAGUUGUGCUUUUCACUCAACACAACAGCUCUUCCUUCACCGACACUUUUGGUUCUCGUCUUAUCCUUGAUUCCACCCUCGAUUUCACGUUUCUUGGUACUCCGUUUCUGCACUCAAUGCUGGCGAGAACUGAAGCUUAUGUAUCCGACAUAGCUGUCUUAAUAGAUCCACGCACUCUUCUGCUGCCAGAUUUCAUCUCAGCUCUAAACCACGCUCACGAGCUUGAUCGUGACUGGCUUCUCGUUUCUUCCUCAGUGAACAUUCCUCACUUCCCCUUCCACUGGGACGAAACAGGACGUUCUUGGCGUCAGGACAAUGGUAAAAGAGUUAGAUUCGGUGAGUUACAGAAGAUGAUUAGUCUACGGAGUUGGCAAUCGAAUUCUAGUGAAGGAAGCAACAUGAUUAUGGCAUGGAACAACGUUGAUGCACCUUUACACUGUGGAGUGCUUCCACCUUUUCUGUAUCAAAGAGGAACCUAUAAUCAAUGGAUCAUUAACGAGGCUUUGUCAUGUAAAAGAAGGUUUGUGUUUGAUGCCACUUCCACCAUAUCCAGCCUUUUCAUAGGCAAUGAUAACAUCCCACAGCCCAAAACAAGAAACUGGGAAUAUAUAGGAAACUCUCAUCUAGGGAAGCUCUACGGAUCCUUGUCCAAGUCUUACACUUUACCAAAGCUUUUGAAAUGUAACAAGCGUUACAUAUUCGUUACUGCUUCAGAUGUGACUGGCUUAAACGUAGGAUUUAGGACACGAGCUUGUAUCACCAGAAGUAAAUCAAGAAGCUUCUUGAAGUUAGAUCCUGUGAAGAAAGAUGAAACACUGCCACCGUUGAAGUUUCCUUAUGACCUUGACUCUCUUCUCCCUUUAGUUGCAGACAAGAACAGAACCGUUGUUCUUUCAGUUGCUGGGUUUAGUUAUAAGGACAUGCUGAUGAGUUGGGUCUGCAGGGCACGUCGCCUCGCAGUUCCAAAUUUCUUAGUAUGUGCACUUGAUGAAGAAACUUAUCAGUUUGCUAUAUUGCAGGGUCUGCCAGUUUUCUUUGAUCCAUACGCACCAAAGAACAUUAGUUUCAAUGAUUGCCACUUUGGAUCAAAGUGUUUCCAGAGAGUGACCAAAGUUAAGUCAAGAACAGUUUUGAAGAUACUUAAGAUGGGCUACAACGUUCUCUUGAGCGAUGUUGAUGUGUAUUGGUUCAGAAACCCUUUGCCUCUGCUUCACUCUUUUGGUCCUUCUGUUCUCGUUGCACAAUCUGAUGAAUACAACACAACAGUACCGAUAAAUCGACCGAGACGAUUGAACUCAGGAUUCUAUUUCACACGUUCAGAUGAACCAACCAUGGCAGCAAUGGAGAAAGUUGUGAAGCAUGCGGCAACCUCUGGUCUAUCAGAGCAGCCUAGCUUCUACGAUACAUUGUGUGGAGAAGGUGGAGUCCACCGUUUAGGAGACAAUAGAUGCGUUGAGCCAGAGACAAAUCUGACAGUUCAUUUCUUGGACAGAGACUUGUUUCCUAACGGAGCUUACGGAGAACUAUGGCUGAAGGAAGAUGUAAGAGCAGAGUGCGAGAAGAAGCGUUGUUACGUUUUACAUAAUAACUGGAUCAGUGGGAGAUUAAAGAAACUCGAACGCCAAAUGAUGAAAGGUCUUUGGGACUAUGAUGCAUCUAUGAGGAUGUGUGUGUAGAGAGGGCUAGAGAUAAAGAGUAAAAGGUUAUACAACCAAAUACGUUAUUUGAAGUCAUCUUAGUUUUGACUUUUGAGUAUAGUUAUACAAAAAAAUGUAUUUAUUUGUUGCAUUGUUUUAUGAUAUAGUUUUAGGAAAUGCUGUAUGAACUCG